AUGACGACGACGACGAACAAUGGGCAAAUUUGGAUGUUCCGUUUCUUACUUACCUUGACUGUCGUUUUAUACGCAGUCAAUGCCGCCGAUGUCUCUGGACGCGCAUUCUCUCCCCUUCACAUCCUGAAAAACCUCCAUCGUGAACCUCCUCCGCCCGCCAGAAGUCAAUUCAACACAAAAAAUGUCGAAACAAAUUGGUUCCAAGCACGUUUAGACAACUUCAACUCAAGCGACACCCGUCAAUGGUGGAUGCGUUACAUGGCAAACAACGAAAACUACGUUCCCGGAGGUCCCUUGUUCAUCUACAUCGGUGCUGAAUGGGAAAUCACGCCUGGAUGGGCAACCGGGGGACAUGCUUACGACAUGGCGAGACAUCACAAAGGGUAUUUGGUGUACACGGAACAUCGUUAUUAUGGCGCCAGUCGACCAACAACUGACGUGAGUUUCGAGAAUUUGAAAUGGUUGAAUGUCGAUCAAGCAUUAGCAGAUCUUGCUGCGUUUAUUCAAUGGUUCAAAGCAACGACUCCGGGACUUGCUGACAGUAAAGUUAUCCUUGUGGGAGGCUCUUAUGCUGGUACGAUGGCUAUUUGGAUGCGUCAAAAGUACCCACAUUUGGUGACGGGAAGUUGGGCUUCAAGUGCUCCGUUGUUGGCGAAGGUUGACUUUGUUGAAUACAAAGAAGUAAUGGGCUACGCUUACAAAACAAUCGGCGGACAAGAUUGUUACGAUCGCCUGGAAGAAGCUUUCGCCGAAAUGGAACGUCUUGUCGAAAUCGGCGAUGUUUCUCGCAUGGAACGUGAAAUGCAAUUCUGUAACAAAGUCGAUCUGAACAAUCAACUCGACGUUUGGAACAUGUUCAGCACCUUCGGAAACACUUUAGGAGGCAUCGUUCAAUAUCACUGGCCCGGAAAUAUCGAAAGUGUUUGCGAUGUCAUGACAGAUUCUCGUUACCAUGAUGCUUUAGCUGCUUUUACUGCCUUCAUCCGUCAACAAUGGGGAAGUUACUGUUAUGGUCACAAAUACGUUGAUACUCUUUAUUAUUACACAAACACUCAAUGGGCUUCGGGAGACUCGAUUUGGCGUCAAUGGUAUUACCAAACAUGCGUCGAUUUCGGUUAUUAUCAAUCAUCGGGAUCGCCAAAUCAGCCUUUUGGAAAGAGUUUCCCCGUGGAAUUGUACACGCAAAUGUGCGCCGAUGCUUAUGACAAGUCCCUGACAAUGCAAAAAAUUGAAGAAAAUAUUCAGAAAACGAAUGAAAAGUAUGGCGCUUUGGAUCCUCAAGUCACAAAUGUCUUUUACACGCACGGAAGUAUCGAUCCGUGGGCUGCAAUGGGAAUUACUGAGUCCAAUAAUGAAUUUGCACAAGCUUAUGUCAUUCCGUUGCAUUCGCAUUGUGCUGAUUUGUAUUCCGUUUCUGAUCGUGACACGGAUGAAAUGAAAUAUGCCAAACAAAAAGUUUGGGAUUUGGUCGAUAAAUGGUUGAAAGAGUAA